CGUCAUAUUUUUUUAUUGACAAAUAAUUUUUUGUCAACCAGUUACAAUAGUACAAUACGCAUUUAUUUUAUAUUUUUAUUAUCAAUUAAUAAUUAAUAAUUUAACUUUGUCUUAUUAUUUAAAAUGUUCGCUGCAAGACGUGCAAUAUCUUAUGUUAUUCCAAAAAGCAAGGAUGGUAUUUUUAGAUUAAAACAUACAUUGCCAGAUUUGCCAUAUGAUUACAAAGCACUUGAACCAAUAAUUUGUGCUGAAAUAAUGCAGCUUCAUCAUUCAAAACAUCAUGCAACUUAUGUCAAUAAUUUAAAUGUUGCUGAGGAAAAAUUAAAAGAAGCUGUUGUUAAAGGUGAUGUUGCAACACAAAUAUCACUUGCACCUGCUAUUAAAUUUAAUGGUGGUGGACACUUGAAUCAUUCGAUAUUUUGGUGUAAUUUGUCACCAAAUUCUAGCAAGCCUGAUGCUACAUUAUUGAAAAAGAUUGAACAAGACUUUGGUAGUUUGGAUGAGAUGAAAAAACGUCUUUCUGAAUCAACAAUUGGAAUUCAGGGAUCUGGUUGGGGCUGGCUUGGUUAUAGCACUAAAGAUAAAAAAUUACAAAUAAAAACAUGUGCUAAUCAAGAUCCUCUUCAAGCAACAACUGGUUUGAUUCCAUUAUUUGGUAUUGACGUUUGGGAACAUGCUUAUUAUUUACAAUACAAAAAUGUACGUCCAGAUUAUGUCAAAGCUAUAUUUGACAUUGCAAAUUGGAAUGACAUCAGUGAAAGAUACAACAAAGCUGUUGGAUGUUAAUUCAUUUAUCAAUUAUUAUCAUAGCUUGGCCAACUUUUUUGUUGAUCUUAAUAAUCACUUAUAAUUAUAUAAUUAAAACAAAUGUAUUUCAAAAAUAUUGUAAAGCUUUUUGAUACAUUUUCUUUUUGCAAAUUUAAAUUAAAACAAUAUGCAACAUGUUUAACUAUUAUUCAUGAUUUUCUUCUAGCCAUGUUUAAAAAAUAAUAUAGAGUUUUUUUUUCUAUCAAAUAAAAUUAAAUAUUCAGCAUAAAUAAAAUUGUUUUUGUUGUCUUUAAAA